AUGGUCGCUUCAUCUACAACACCAACAACAACAAAUACAGCAGCGGCGACAACACCGCAACAAAACGGUGCUGAAACUGCUGUUGCUGCCACAACAAAUGCCAACAACACCAACAAUGUCACAACACCCCUACCAAAGGGCAAAUACACUUUAGUUGGCAUUGACAUCGACACUACCGGACGCAGAUUAAUUGACGAGAUUGUUCAGCUGGCUGCCUAUACUCCCAUAGAUCAUUUUGAACAGUAUAUUAUGCCAUAUAUGAAUUUAAAUCCAGCUGCUCGUCAACGUCAUCAAGUUCGUGUAAUUUCCAUUGGUUUCUAUCGCAUGCUCAAGUCAAUGCAGACAUACAAGAUUAUUAAAUCAAAAUCGGAAAUCGCUGCUCUUAAAGAUUUUCUCGCAUGGCUCGAAGCUUUGAAAGCCAAAGAUGCCACAUCGCAAGGUAUUAUUCUAUUGUAUCAUGAAGAGCGUAAAUUCAUUCCAUAUAUGAUUUUGGAAUCGCUUAAAAAAUAUAACCUGCUGGACAGGUUUUUAUUUACUGUUAAGUCAUUCGCUAACGGUCUCAAUUUGGCCAAGGCCAAUGCCAAUGAGUCCCUGCAACAUUAUACGCUACGAAAACUAUCGAAGUUUUUGAAAUCCAAUGCCGUCAAUAAUGUUGAACUCAACAAUAAUAAUGUAGCAUCGUCCACCACAGAAGGUGCAGCUGCUGCUGCCAAAGAUCAGCAGCUGCAGCAGCAACAACAACAACAAAAGACUAACAAGUCUAGUCAAAAUAACAACAAUGAACGUGAAUUAUUUGAUGGAAGUGCCAGUGUGCGUGCCAAAUUAGCCUAUGAAGUUGCUUUGCAUUUAAGUAAUCAAGACUCCAAAGAAGAUCUCGAUUCACAAAAUGCUCUCGAUAAAUUGUUAACGGCCAUUAAUCCUUAUGCCCAAACCAUUCAGUGUGAUUUGGACGAAUUACAAACACAAAACGAAAAUCUGGAACGUCAAAAUUCAUUCCGUCCAGUAUUUUUGAACUAUUUUAAGUCAAUACUUUACAAUCGUGUGCGUGCUGUUAAAUUCCGUAUCAUCUUGGCCGAACAUGGUUAUGAUUUGCAAACUCUCAACGCCAUUUGGACCGAGAAGAAACGUGAUGGCCUUGUUGAAGUUUUGCAGGCCAUUGAAGAGCUCAAGGAUGAGGAUAAAACAGAAUUGGCUGAUUUGUUUGAUAGUUAUUAUGAUCCAGCCAAGACGACUAUUAAACCGAUUGUUAAACCACUCAAUCGUUCUCGUAAUAGGCGUGUACGCAACAAUGUUAGAAACGAUGGUAAAGUAGCUCCUCUUGCUGCAAAUGGUGCUCCUGUGGAGCAAGGUGCCGGUGGUGAUAAACAACAAGCUAGUGGUGGUAAUAAUGCUAAUUUGCCCGAUUCCACAACAAAAUCACCUAAAAAUCGUGGCAAACGUAAUCAGCGUUCUACUCAAAAGAACAAUAACAACAACAAUAACAAUAGCACAAAUAACAACAAUGUGUUAAUAAAAACAGAAACUCCAGUGGCAAAUGAUACUCCCACUGCAGCCGAUGCAAAUCAACAACAACAACAAACCAACAAUGCAACUACUACGGCUCCAGUGGCUGUAGCGGCUUCAAAUUAAU